AGCUAAACUUUCAGACACCGCUCCAACAAACACCCUGCUGAGACCACCAACAAUGUCUGGAAACCGUCAGUUGAUCUACCGUGAACAUGAAGACAGUGAUGAAGAAACCGACGUUCACGCCAAACGAGGAAAACACCCGACGGAGGAGUCAAGUGAUCUCAAUGAGGAAUUAGUUGAGGAAGAAGCAUGCGUAGCUACAAAACGUGCUCCAGUUUCUGGAUUACUACACAUGAUUGACACAUAUGAUAGAGAACCAGGUGCCAAGGCAGAAGGUUCUUUUGCGAAUUUGGAAAACUAUGCAGUAGGUUUGGAAAACAAACCAGGAAAAAGAAUCCCAAAAGCUGGAAUCCUUGCAGAAGCAGGAUACGGUCGAGCUCGUGCUGAAUACAGAUUCUUUGAGGCUGAAGCCAGAGGCCCAAAUGCUUCCAUUGGUGCUGAAUUACGUUUGACUAAAUUAAGAGCAAUGGCUCGAGCUGAACUUGCUAGCGCAUCUGCCAAAGCCGGUCCAGUUACAGUGAAGGCGGGUCUUGGAUUAGAUACGGGUGCAUCUAUAAGCCUCCAUGGAGUGGAGGCCAAAUUUCUGGGAACUGGAUUCUCAUUUGGUUCGAAAAUCGGCAUUUCUUUAUUUGGUUCAGAAAUCUCAUUUUCAUUCCUAUAGACGUGCAGAUGUGCACAAAUAUGUUUUUUAAAGAUAAAACAUUAUCCAGUUCUUCUGAUGCAGAAUUCGCAUGAAACAAAAUAUACUUUAACAAUUUGAAGAAAUUUUAUGUUUGAGAUUGUUAGAGUUUGCAUGUAUCCAAAAAUAAAUAUUUGUAUUUUA